CUAGACUCCUCUAGAUGCGGUAAAACACUCUCAGCUUAACUGUACGUAAGUUAGAACAGUCUCGCCAAAAACGACAAAUUAUAUAUCAGUGUACUCAAUUGCGCCCAUCCAUUCCCAUUGUACAAGCACUUAUACCAAAGCCGCCUGUUAUUAUACCUCUUUACAAUCUACCAAAAUGCCAACCGGAUCCUGCCUCUGCGGAAAGGUCAAAUACGCGUACGAUGCGGAACCCCUCUCAAAGGUACUUAUAACCCCCUAUGCCCUUACUACAGUGACGGCCUACUAGGGACGCAAAGACAACAAGGCUCACCCGAUACAUAUAGGCCGUCUGCCACUGCCUAACCUGCCGCAAGCUUAGCAGUGGCAGCUCAACGAAUCUACUGGUUCCCGGAAAUCAUUUUCGAGUCACAUCUGGUUCCCCCAAAGUUUAUUCAAUGACCCAUGAGAGCGGCAUGAACUUGAAGACACAUUUCUGCGAGAACUGUGGAAGCUUGCUAUACAAGACGGGGGAUCGUGAGGGAUUUGAAGGGGCGGUCAUUGUUUUGGCUGGAACUUUGGAUGAUGCGGAGGAAUUCGAGAAGGCCAAACCUGAGGCGGAGUUUUUUGUUAAGCAUCGGGCGGGAUGGUGGCCGAAUUUGAGUUUUGCGACGCAGUUGAAGGAGUUUGAUUAGGAUUGACGGCAGCGUUUGCUAUUGAAUUCGGUCCGUUUGGUUUUGUUCUUUACUUCUUGUCGGAAUAUGGGUCUUUUUAAUGUGUGUGGAGGGGGUCUAUUUUCUUGUUGGUACUUGGUGUACGCCAUGGUCUAUUUCACUUUGUGACUGUGGGUAAUGGAUAUAAUGAAGUUUGACUGUAUUGAAGUUUGCCAAUAUGCCCUUGCCAGAAUCUGACUAUUCAGCCCUGUUUUCACAAGGCGUACCAGAGAGACACGUUUUGGGACAUGGGUAGAUAGCCUCCUUUUGCAAUGUGGUUGUGGAGGCGUGCCUCAGACGACUUGGUCUGCUGUGCGUUGAUCUGUAUUAGGUCCAUGCGCUAGAUAAGGUCAACUCCCAUCGAGGGGCAGUCGAGGUGAUGCUCCACCCUGGCGGGGGACAGUCUUGGCUGAAGGUACAAAAUUCAGACAUAACGUGGCAUCGCCCUGUUGCAAGUAGUAACAACGGUAGACAACCAUAGAUC